GUUGUUGGAUCUUUGACUUGGCUAUUGUAUUUGUGUUUUAUAUUCUCAAUCAUAUGAUUGUUGACAUAUAUCUUCUACGUUCUAGUAUUGCCUUCUUCUCUCAGAGGCGCCCUUUUCCUCCACAGAAAAUACCCGAUCCUAUCCCUUGGGACGGGAAAAAUGGCAGCUGCUCUCGCUGAAUUGGUCCUCAAGAAGUUGGGUUCGUUAGCCGCUGAUCAAGCAAUCCUCCUUUUUGGUCUCAAAAGCGAGAUUCAGAAACUUGAAAGCACGGUUUCCAGCAUCCAAGCUGUGCUGCUGGACGCAGAGGAUCAGUCUAGCAAGAGUCAUCAGGUCCGGCUGUGGUUGCGAGGACUGGAAGAAGUCCUUUAUGAUGCUGAAGACUUGUUGGACGAUUUCGCUACAGAGAUUCUCCAGAGGCGACAAAUGGACGACGGCAAUGGCUUUGUUAAUGAGGUAUGCCGCUUCUUCUCUCCGUCCAACCAAGUUGCUUAUGGAUUGAGAAUUUCUAAUCAAAUUAAGACUAUCCGGAGCAAGUUAGAUGAGAUCGAUCAGAAUAGGAAGCAGUUCAAUUUUAAGGAGGCGGUUGUUGGUAGUCAGGAAUGGAGGCAAACUCACUCCUCCGUCCCUGAAGUUGUUGUUGGGAGAGAAGAAGAUAAGCAGAUUAUAAUAGACAUGUUAUUGUCUUCUAGUUACAAGGAGAAAGUUGCAGUGGUUCCCAUUGUUGGGAUCGGGGGCUUGGGGAAGACAACAUUAGCCCAGCUCAUUUACAACGACGACAAAAUCAAAUCUCAUUUCGAUUGCACAUCCUGGAUUUGCGUUUCCGAAACUUUCCAACCUAAAAUCUUGAUUAAAGAUGUUUUGGAGUCCAUAACCAAGGAAACGGUGGAAGAACUUUCCUUGAACCGACUAAAGGAUGUUUUUCAUGAGAAAAUCAAGAACAAGCCGGUAUUGUUGGUUUUGGAUGAUGUUUGGAAUGAGGACCGGGAGAAGUGGAUUCACUUCAAGGAUUUAUUUACAAGUGGUGCAGCACAAGGUAGCAGAAUCAUAGUAACCACACGUCUCCGAAUCGUCGCAGAGAUGACAGCAACCGGGACGAUUGUGCCAUAUGAGUUGAAAGGUUUGUCCGAGCCUGAGUCUUGGUCUUUGUUCGAGAAGAUGGCUUUUAAAGGAGGGGUAGCGUCAGGUCUACGAUAUGUGGAGAUAGGGGAAGGGAUUGUGAGGAAAUGCCGGGGAGUGCCUCUAGCCUUAAGAUCGAUGGGAGGAGUUCUGUUCUUCAAGGAUACCGAGUCGGAGUGGGAAGCAGUAAGAGACAGGCAAUUGUUGAACCUAGAGGGCGACAUUUUGACAACUACUCUUAAGUUGAGUUAUGAUCAUUUGCCUUGUCAUUUGAAGCGGUGUUUCGCGUACUGCUGCUUGUUUCCAAAAGAUCAAGAAAUCGAGGAGGUGACAAAGGAUGCAUAUGGAAAUAUGGAGUCGUGUAAAAUGCAUGAUCUAAUGCACGAUCUUGCUGUCAAAGUUGCAGGAGAGGAGACCAUUUGCUUGCAUGCUUCAAACUUCACGGAUGACUUUCUCAAGCGUGGCAACGUCAACCUUGAAAGAAUUCGUCACCUAUCCGUCGAUUUUGGUGGGGGACUGUACAAUGAAGUAUGUCAAGUUCCAACUCUCUUAGCUAAAGCAACAAGACUGCGAACAUUUCUCAUCAUAAAUGUAUUGUUUGUUGGAACUUUCGAGAGAAGUUGUGGGAAAAUAUUUCCAAAGAUGAUCAGGCUUAGAGUGCUCGGUCUAAAAAAUGUGACAAUGGAGAUUCUCUCGUCUAUUGUCCAUGAAUUGAAACAUCUUAGGUACCUUGACUGUUCCGGGCACAAAAUGGAGGUACUUCCAAAUGAAAUUUCAAGAUUGGUACACUUGCAAGUGCUCAAUCUGUUUUAUUGUGCAAACCUUCGGCUACUACCGACAGACAUCGGGAAGUUGUACAACCUUGUGUAUCUUGAACUUUUUGGCUGCAGGAAUUUGACAGGCAUACCAGCCGGGAUCGGGAACCUCUCCUUCCUUAGAGAAUUUCGUGUAUCAGAAGAGACGAAAGCUGCUGUAGGCGGCUCCUCGCGAGCAGUUGAUCUUGGUGAACUGAAGAGGUUGAACAACCUAACUGGUGCGUUGAUUAUUGAACGGCUGGAUCGGGUGAAGGAUAAAUCCGAAGCAGAGACAGCCAAUCUGAAAGAGAAAUCGAGACUUCGACGGUUGCAUCUAAUGUGGGGUGAAGGUAUGACUGCCAGAGCAAGAGAUGACAAUGAUAGUGCUAGAAUAUCAGAUGUUGAUUGGUCAGUAUUGGAGGCCUUACAGCCACAUCCGAAUUUAAAGGAAAUACAGUUAUCGUAUUACGGUGGGGCGAGUAUCUCAACAAGAAGCUGUUGGUUCUCUUCUCUCAGGAAUCUGGUCAGUAUCAAGCUUUAUGGGUGUACGGAACUGCGAAGUCUGCCAUGCUUGGAUCCUUUUGUUUCUCUUGAAGAAUUAGACUUGCAGUGGUUAGAGAGCUUGGAGUACGUACAGACCGAGACUGUAGCAUCAUCACCUUCUACUUCUUAUGUACCUUCAAACAAUCACUUGGAAAUUCUGCCCUCACUCAAGUAUCUCGUGAUCACAAAUUGCAAAAACCUAGUAGGAUGGUCUCCCACAAAUACAGAAGAGUCGCCUCUGCUACCUCGGGUUUCCAACCUGCAGAUCAUAUCGUGCCCGCAAAUGGUAUCCGUCCCGCGUUUUCGGGUAAACUUCGAGAAGGUUGAGUUGACGGCUAUGAGCAGUGAGUUGUUGAGUGCAUUUGUUGCCUCUCUAAUCUCUCCACCGCGCUCUAGGUUUCAUGAGUUGCAUCUCAUCUUGAUGAAAGAUCAAAGGUUGUUUGCAGGACCUACUCUAUCUCUAUCAAUUUUUCGACAACUCCAUUCCCUCCAGGAGCUCUGUAUUGCAAAUUGUGAAGUUUUGGAACUGGAGGACUACGAUUGUGGCGGUGGUGAUGAACGGGAUGAUGAGCACGACAACAUGCCACCGCCGUGUGUCCUUCCAAGUCUCCGUCGCUUGGUUUUCGAGGAAGUUGAUUUGGUGACUCUACCGAAGUGGAUUCAGCAUUCCUCAAAUUUGCAUCAGCUGGAGCUACUAUGGUGUAACAAGCUCAAGUGCGUACCAGGUUGGCUCACUAAGCUAACCGCCUUGGAGUCUUUGCAAGUACGGUUUUGUGGUAUUCUAUCUGGGAGAUGUAGAAGCAUCACAGAUGAGGACUGGCCCAUCGUUUCUCACAUCCCAAACAUCGAAGUUGAUGGUAUAGCUGUCCAACAGGACAGCCGCUAUUUGGGAAUGAAAGAAGAGGAAGAGGAAGAGGAAGAAAGAGAAGGAGAACAACACCAGCAAGAAGAACACCACCAAAGUUGUUAUUUGGGAAUGGAAGAAGAAAAAGGAGAACAACACCAACAAGAAGAAGAAGAAGCAUCCUCACACACCCUACUCUCAAGCAGGCUGUUACGAAAUUGCUUUGCAAGGAUGACCUGCAACCUAUUCCAGAAAUGUUUUCUCCCUUGACUACCCGACACUAAUGCGCCUUUCCACUGUCACUCCCGGUACCAACGUUUCCUGGAAACCGAUUGUUUGAAUAGAGGUACCAAUUUCUCCAGCAUCUGCAGCAGCUUCGUCCAGGUACUCGUUACUCGUUACAAUGUCAUUUGCUACAUUUGAAAGGCUCUUCUCUUCCUGCAACUCCUCUUUUUUAUUUGAGAUAGUGAGUGGGUUUCUCAUUUCUCUGCAGUCUUCGUGUUCCAAAUAUCCUAAGCUUAGCUUCUGAUGGUGCUAUGACGGGCAGCAGCAAUUCCUUUGUCCUGUUGUUUUCUUAAGACUGGAGACUUGGGACCCAAGCUUCUUCAAGGUCAUAUAUAAUUCAGCAAUAAGAUUGUUGAGUUCAGAACAACACUCUCCCCAACACUGUCCUGUUUUUUUCCCGCCAAUUCAGCAUUUACGUCGGUACAGUCAUGUUGUUAAGUGGCACCGUUAAGGGGAUGGACAGAAAUGGCUAUUUUGUGUAUUUCAAAAAUUUAGCUCUAACUGUGACAAACGUGAGAGUUGUGGUCCCAUGUUCUUAAAGAACUCUCAUGUCCCCAAAUGGUGGUGUAAUAAUGGCAAGUAUUCAAAGUAAGAACACCUAUUAUUAUCAAGCAAUUGAAAAUGAGUUAGUGCUCGUGUCGCUGACGCUGAGGAGCCAUCUACUCCAAUCCGGCCAUCUCCAGCAGUAGGUCGGACUCAAUAUAUCUGAAGUACGGAAAGCUGGCCGCUGAACAAACCACAGCAACCAUUUUUCAUUUUUCCAUCCCACUGGUUCUGUUGCCACAUUUACACGCCACACCAUUUUAUUGGGACUAUUCAACUUAUACAAUCACCAUUAUCACACAUCCUUAACUGCCCUCGAGUUUCACAGUUUGGGAAAUGAUGCCAGCGGGUUGACCCAUGUUCUUUCAUGUUCAUAGGGAAAUUAACAACUUUGCGGCCACUGGGAAAUUAGCUGCAGAACAGAGCACUUUUAUGUAACUGAUCGACCCCGUCUUCUACAGUUUUUUACUGAGGAGCUACUGCUCACUGCUGACACUGAUCCCCCAAAGGCCAAAACUUACCAUUCAUAGUAAAAGGUGGUAAAUUGCAAUGGAUGGAGAGCAUCAUCCAGCAUUCAAUGGCUGUAACCCAUAAAUGGGGGAAAAAACAGGGUGUUAGAGAUCCAUGACCGUUAUCACCACCCAAUUUAUUACAGUGCUCUGUAAAACUUCAGGGAAAAAAAAAACAGGGGAUUGUGCAAUGUGCACAUGCAAUGUCUUUGUCCUGUUCGUUUAUCGAUUUCGAGCAGUACUGUUUUGUUAGUUGAAAACUUUUCCCUCGGCGCGACAGCAGGAAUUACAUGUUACGGUGGUUGACCCCUACUUUGUUUCCAGCUGAAACUUGAAAGAGAUGGUGAACAAAGAUGUUGAUGUGAGAAAAUUAAGAAGAGAUAGAAAGGUUAAAGGAAAUCGUAGCUCAGCUCUGAUACCAUGUAAAUCCGAAAAAUUAUUGAAAUUCAGAUUGAUACCUCUUUCCCGUUUAUAGAUGAUUCAUAAAUGUUACGCCGAUUAAUUGUAAUCAAACAAUAUAACGACGAUAGAGCAAUUAUUAUACGAUAAUAAUGAGUUCAAGUCUUA